AUGCGAGGGAAGUGCACCGCGACGGAGCGUCAUCCCGCCCUCAGCCUGCAGGGGAAUGUACACCCACAAAAUAUAUGGACGAGACACCACCAAACAGUCAUGCCCUUCCAUGCACCAAUAAAUAGGAGCGAAGAUGCGUUCUGGUGCGUGGGAGUCCACUCACAUAUUUUCAUUUCCACCGCAAUAAACGGUGAGGAAUCAGGUGCCACAGCAACGAAAAGAAGAAAUAAAAACGUCUAUUGCAGCACCUUACCAGCGAAAAGCAGGAACAACACAAACCGAAUUAUUGGCUGCACCAACACAAGAAAAAAAUGCACAAGAAGGAAAAAAAGAAAUUGUGUACCCUGCAGUAAUCCCAACACACGAUCCAGGCAUGAAGAUUUAUCCUCUGGAAAAACAAAACAAAGCGAACAAAACAACAUGUGCGGACAUUUGCCAACAUCCAAAGAGAAACACAAAUAA